UAUAUUUUGUGUCCAGUUCUUAAUUCCCAAAUAGUUCUUCUGGAAAUUUUCAUGCUUGACAUGGCUUUUUUGUUGUUAAAAACUAAAGUGAAAACUCUUUGAGUCAAGACCACAAAUUGAUGAUUAAUAAAUCUUCCCUUUUGUUAAGGGUUACAGACCAGAGACGUUCUACCCCGAUGAUAUGAAGACUUCCUGUCUCAGAUCGGCUCGCUUUUUGCGAUUUUUGAGCCACCAUGAAAUGGAUUUUGUUUACACCAUGUUGCCUUGUGAUAGCUGUAUUUCUAGUUCGCGCUGCAAACGGCAUGAGCAGCAAAAGGUUUUUCGAAAUUUUAUCCCGAGUGGAGUCAGAGGAUGAUCAAAUGGAGGAGUAUUCUUCGCAAGACUACGUCAGAGAUUAUAGAAGAGACGCCCAUAGUGUAAAUAAAUACAGGAAGACAAGAAAUAAAUGUGCUUGCGACUUAUCGAAACAAGAAUACAAAGUCUUCGUUAAAAUGAAGAUAUUUUAUACCAUUAGUAUUACUGUCUUUAUCGAAAAAAAGUGCCCACGUUGCGAGGGAAAAACAAAAAAAGAGAAAGUUAAGCAGUUACUCAAAGUUCCAAUAGAAGUGCUGGUGCCUAAACAAAAGCCAAAAGUUGUUGUGAAAAAGGUGUAUAUAAAGAAACAUUGCUCUCCAAAAACUGUUAUUGUGAACGUUUGCGAAGAGCGAACAAUCCACCCCAUUACGCCUACCAUAAUACCAGUGAAAAACGUAACGUUCACAACUUCUGUAACAGAAAAAGUUGAAAUAAAUACAAAGGAGCCAGAAACAACCAAAGGGCCGGUGACUAAGGAACUAGAAACAACAAAGGGUAAAAUUAUAACUGUCUCAAAACUGGAAACUACAAAGCUUGCAGCAACAACAAAGGAGCCAGAAACAACCGAAGGGCCGGUGACUGAGGAACUAGAAACAACAACGGGCAAAAUUGUAACUGUCUCAAAACUGGAAACUACAAAGCUUGCAGCAACAACAAAGGAGCCAGAAACAACCAAAGGGCCGGUGACUAAGGAACUAGAAACAACCAAAGGGCCGGUGACUAAGGAACUAGAAACAACAACGGGUAAAAUUGUAACUGUCUCAAAACUGGAAACUACAAAGCUUGCAGCAACAACAAAGGAGCCAGAAACAGCCAAACGGCCGGUGACUAAGGAACUAGAAACAACCAAAGGGCCAGUGACUAAGGAACUAGAAACAACCAAAGGGCCGGUGACUAAGGAACUAGAAACAACAACGGGUAAAAUUAUAACUGUCUCAAAACUGGAAACUACAAAGCUUGCAGCAACAACAAAGGAGCCAGAAACAACCAAAGGGCCGGUGACUAAGGAACUAGAAAUAACCAAAAGGCCGGUGACUAAGGAACUAGAAGCAACAACGGGCAAAAUUGUAACUGUCUCGAAAGUGGAAACUACAAAGCUUGCAGCAACAACAAAGGAGCCAGAAACAACCAAAGGGCCGGUGACUAAGGAACUAGAAACCACCAAAGGGCCGGUGACUAAGGAACUAGAAACAACAACGGGUAAAAUUGUAACUGUCUCAAAAAUGGAAACUACAAAGCUUGCAGCAACAACAAAGGAGCCAGAAACAACCAAAGGGCCGGUGACUGAGGAACUAGAAACAACAACGGGUAAAAUUGUAACUGUCUCAAAACUGGAAACUACAAAGCUUGCAGCAACAACAAAGGAGCCAGAAACAACCAAAGGGCCGGUGACUAAGGAACUAGAAACAACCAAAAGGCCGGUGACUAAGGAACUAGAAGCAACAACGGGCAAAAUUGUAACUGUCUCGAAAGUGGAAACUACAAAGCUUGCAGCAACAACAAAGGAGCCAGAAACAACCAAAGGGCCGGUGACUAAGGAACUAGAAACAACCAAAAGGCCGGUGACUAAGGAACUAGAAGGAACAACGGGCAAAAUUGUAACUGUCUCAAAACUGGAAACUACAAAGCUUGCAGCAACAACAAAGGAGCCAGAAAGAACCAAAGGGCCGGUGACUAAGGAACUAGAAACAACCAAAAGGCCGGUGACUAAGGAACUAGAAGCAACAACGGGCAAAAUUGUAACUGUCUCGAAAGCGGAAACUACAAAGCUUGCAGCAACAACAAAGGAGCCAGAAACAACCAAAGGGCCGGUGACUGAGGAACUAGAAACAACAACGGGUAAAAUUGUAACUGUCUCAAAACUGGAAACUACACAGCUUGCAGCAACAACAAAGGAGCCAGAAACAACCAAAGGGCCGGUGACUGAGGAACUAGAAACAACAACGGGUAAAAUUGUAACUGUCUCAAAACUGGAAACUACACAGCUUGCAGCAACAACAAAGGAGCCAGAAACAACCGAAGGGCCGGUGACUGAGGAACUAGAAACAACAACGGGCAAAAUUGUAACUGUCUCAAAACUGGAAACUACAAAGCUUGCAGCAACAACAAAGGAGCCAGAAACAACCAAAGGGCCGGUGACUGAGGAACUAGAAACAACAACGGGUAAAAUUGUAACUGUCUCAAAACUGGAAACUACACAGCUUGCAGCAACAACAAAGGAGCCAGAAACAACCGAAGGGCCGGUGACUGAGGAACUAGAAACAACAACGGGCAAAAUUGUAACUGUCUCAAAACUGGAAACUACAAAGCUUGCAGCAACAACAAAGGAGCCAGAAACAACCAAAGGGCCGGUGACUAAGGAACUAGAAACAACCAAAGGGCCGGUGACUAAGGAACUAGAAACAACAACGGGUAAAAUUGUAACUGUCUCAAAACUGGAAACUACAAAGCUUGCAGCAACAACAAAGGAGCCAGAAACAACCAAAGGGCCGGUGACUAAGGAACUAGAAACAACCAAAAGGCCGGUGACUAAGGAACUAGAAGCAACAACGGGCAAAAUUGUAACUGUCUCGAAAGUGGAAACUACAAAGCUUGCAGCAACAACAAAGGAGCCAGAAACAACCAAACGGCCGGUGACUAAGGAACUAGAAACAACCAAAGGGCCGGUGACUAAGGAACUAGAAACAACAACGUGUAAAAUUGUGACUGUCUCAAAACUGGAAACUACAAAGGUUGAAGCAAGAACCAAGGAACCCGUAACUACGGAAAGGCCGGUUACAAAGUCACUUGAAAUGUCCACUGGCAAAGAAACAACAAAGUUUACAAAGGCACCGGUUACAACAAAAAGGCCUGUUACAAAGGAACUAAAGACAACAACGGUUGAGCCUGUUACGAAAAUUGUCACUGAAAUGCCAACAGUUUUAGAAAAAGUUGAAUGUCCCUCGUACUGCAACGUAUGUCUCCCUCAACACUCAUCGUCAGCUUGUGCGUCACACAGAGGCAAUGUUUUGGCUACCAUUAAGAUGUUUUUCCAACCAUUGGUUGAAUCAAGGCUGUUGGUUACAACUUUGAACCAGUCAGUCACAACAACUCUAGAAUUGUUCAAGUUGUUCAGAUUUUCUUCACAUUACGUCACCUUAUAUAUGUCUCUAUUUAGAAAGACACUUACUCAAAAAUGGCUACCAGAGGUAAUUCAUGAGUUGCAGGGAAACGAAUUGGAAUCAUUCAAAGAUUAUUUUGCCCUAGCAGAGUUUCUAGAGAAGAAAAUGAAGUUACAAAUCGGAGUUCCCAUUCUGCAAAAUUAUGUGAAGCUUCCUAGGAGGAGUUAUCAACAGUUAACUGAAGUAUCUGCACGAGAAAUAUGUAUGGAUGACAAGUACUUCGUUCACGAAAGGUUGGUUGGAGUGAACCCUUUAUCGAUCAGCAGAGUGACCAUCGAAGACAAUACUGGAACAUCUUUCCACAGUCUCUAUCGAAAACUGAACCAUAAUUUCAGAUGGGAGAAAUUGAUAUCGAGGCUGACAGGAAAAAGCCUUAUUAAGUCGAUUUCGUCGCAUCUAGUAUACGUGUUGCAGUAUCCUUUUUUAAAAGGACUUGGAUCUCCCAAACAGUCUGUCAAGAGUGAAAUUCAGAAAAAUUCACAACUUUUAAAGCUUACGAGCCCCAUUGCAGUUUUAGUAUCAACAUACAACCGAGAAGAGAGGCGAUAUGAAUUAGAAAUUGUUGCAAUACAGAUCAAUUCAAAUAAACGCUCAAGGGUGUACACUCCAAGAGAUGGUUUGUUCUGGGAUGCUGCGAAGGCAAGAUUGCAAGCUGCUGACUUGUUCUUCAGCCUGUUCCACCGCAGCUUUGUGCAGACCAACCUGCGAAUGAUGCCGUUUUGCAUCUCCCUGAAUCGACAUGUGUCAGAAAUCCACCCGUUCCAUCAGGUGAUGAAGUUCCAUUGUCGUGGGACUAUACCCAUCACCAUGAAGAGAAUCGACGAAAUGUUUGCAAACAACCCUCUGCUAGAUAAUCUGUUUCCUGUAGGAGUAGAAGGCAUUCUUAAAAUGAUGGCCCGUGGCCUAAAAGAAGCUCGAUGGAAUGACAUGGAUCUUGACAAUGAUAUUGAGAAUCGUGGAAUGGAUGACAUCAAGAAAGUCCCAUAUUACCCCUAUCGUGAUGAUGGCAAAGUUUUGAACGCUGUAUUGAAAAAGUUUGCAAAAGAAUUCGUGUCUCUAUACUACGAAAAUGAUGACGAUGUCAAAGAUGACUUUGAAAUGCAGAAUUUCAUCAAUGAACUGUCAAGUAAUGGCAAGAUACCUCCAAAUGAUGGCCUAGGCAUGGUGAAAGGGCUACCUGGAACGUUCACUUCGAGGGAGCAGCUUGAGAAGCUCGUAUCUGAAACUCUCUGGGUAAUUGUUCAAAACGGAGCAUUGAAAAACGCAAUUGGUGAUUAUGGAUCUUUGGCACCCGUUUAUCCUUCAAAGCUGUAUGCCAGUGUUCGAGCUUUACGCGAACGCAAAUAUAUUCACAUGAUAGCUGGUCCUCGAGCAGCUUACGAGCAAGCGGCCUACUCUUACGCGAUCGGAGCGUUUCACUACGAUGUGCUGUUUGAUUACAGUUCUGAACUGAAAGACGACAGUCUUCGCGAUCUGGUGCGCAAGACACACGAUCACCUGAUGUGUGACGUCAAACGGCAGCUUGAAGCACGAAACGCAAAGCGAAGAAGGCGUGGUCAGCUGACCAACCCCUACAUGGUUCCUGGGUGGAUAACUAACAGUGUUAGCACUUAAUGAACAAUUUCUUGUCUAAAUAUUUUUACAUUUAAAUUAGAAAUAUGUAUUCAAAUAUAAGGACAAUUAUUCUUGGUUUAGCUAUUAUUGCAUGCGACAGCAUGCUUCCUAUUCUUGACAAAGUUUGAGAUUUUAGUGCAACGUCAGCAAAAUUUCCAUUGUCUUUUGGGAACAGGAUCACUUUGGCAACAGUGAUUUUAGUGAUCAUCGCAUUUUGAUUUAUAUUUUUUUCUUGUGUCAUACACUUCGCUGCGAAAUGUAGGUGGCUGACUCUAUGGGUUGAAUGCGAGUGACUCACACACCUGAGCGACUCUUGAGGUAUGACAUUUUAAACCAAUGAAUCGUACAUCACUGAUUAGGAAGGCAGUGAAGCCUAUCGAUUUCCGCAUUACACGGCAAGAAGUGACUCAGUGUAUGGCGUUCUAUUGCAUCUCGCUAUUAGGCUGGUUUUUUCGUGUGUGUUUUUUGGUGUAAGGAUUGACAGACUGAUAGAAAAAGGCAGUCUUUUAAUAGGGUUGGAAGUAAAACCGAUGCCUCCAGUAUUUCUACGGAUGUAAGUGGUGAUGGAUCAAUUUUACUUCACCGGUUUGUUUACAAUGAGGCCUAUCAAUACCAUUUUAGGUUCUUCAAUAUUGUCGCUUUCUGUAAAAUUUAUAAAUUUUUCCUUAAAUCUUAUUCCUUUGGUACUUGCUAGAUUCCUUCUAGUUUCAUGACCGAUGACUUGCAAGGUGAUCACUUGAUACACCUCGUCAAAAAUAUCUGCUUCAAAUAUUUGACUGUUUGUUUGCGAAGGUCCACCAAGAAAAGAUUAAAAAGCGAGUCAUAAAUAAGAACAAACCAAAUAUUCGCCAUCAGAUCAAUAAACUCAUUUUGUUUAAAAAUGUUUAGGGACUGCAAAAAAGACUGUAGAUCCUCCAAAAACAACGAUCGGUACCAUCACUAUUAAUGCCAAGAAUUAUGCAUUACCUUCCCAUUUUCCUUGAAAUUCAAUUAUUCACGUUCGUAGGGGUUUUUCAUUUUUUACAGUUUAAUCACUUAUAACUUAAUUUUCGCCGGAAUUCUUUGCUUAAUUUUGCACGUUUCAUAACAUUGUUUGUACAGCACAUCUCCGUUCUUGCCGUACAAAUGAUAUUUUUCCCGGCGUCACUUCCUGUAGUCAAAGCUGCCUCGAGUUGACUGACGCGAUUGCGAUGGUCUGGCCCAGGUAAAAUUGUGAAUAGAUGCAGAACUUUUAGUUUAUGAAGUAGCAACUAUCUCUUGAGGUGAAUAAUAGAAAAUAGCUAGGCCCAUUUGUCAUGGUUUUAUUGCCAUUUCUUUAUUUGAUAUCUAGGUAUUCGCUGUACACUUUGGAAAACUUCCUGAACCUAGUCUUCUGAUUGUGCAUGUGGCGAAUAAAUUUAUUCAUAUGGCGAACCUAACCUUCUGUAUAAAGCAUGAGAAUUUUGAAAGCUUCUGGAAUCUAUUACAGGCAAAAAUUCCUAAAAUCCUCAAAAUAUAUUUUGUCUCUACACCUGGAGUUUGGCAGCUUUGAUAGAAAUCUAUUCGUAAUGAUGGCAAAAACGGGAGCUCAUUUGAUGAUGCUAAUACUUUUUCACUAUAAGUUGUGUUACUAAGCUGUUUUGUUCUGUUAUUGUUGAUAUCCUGGUGAUAAUCAAGUACUUCUUCUGUUUGUCUUUGUUUAUUUCUGUGUACCGCCAUCAUACAACUUAACUUUGGCAUUUUUCCUUUCCUCAAGCGCAUGCAUUUCAUAACGUAUCGUUACUUCUAGUAUACUUUGAUUUUUUGAGGAAGUUGACAUGUAGUCGGAUUUAAGAUUCUACAGCGAUCACAAAUAGCGUUUUUGAAAUGUGAUCUUGUAGCACUAAGAGAACAUAUUAUACUUUAAAUAUUUCUGAAUUCAGUUUUUCGUUCUCGAAAGUGUUCCCGUCAUUGUUUGCUGGAGCAAUAACUUCAAAUAGGCGAUUUACUCGCUGGCGUAAUUUAGGCCGCGCGCACAAUGCAUUCUGGGAAUGGUAGCAUAAAGUGAUCUUUUCCUCGUUGUGUUUUGGUUGUUUUGAUGGUGAAAGGUUGUUGAAUUCUGACCAUACUUACUUUGAAAUUUAUUGCCUUUUACACUACACGAGAUGGAUUUACAUGACAAAACACUGAGAAGAAUGUGGCUACGCAAGAUCUCUAGAAUGAACAUGAACGCAGAGUUUGUUUUGCUCACUUUGUUGAUGGCAAGAGGACUUAUUUGAAUAACCCUGAUUGGGCCUAAAAGUCAUGUCUAACAUUCUUCAUCCGGAAAGAGAAGACAAGCCUUUUUUGAGAUGAGCACUAUUUUUGACAAUGCAGAGAUUGAGAAUGUUGAGCAGUCACAAGACGAAGAGAUGCAGGACGAAUCAUAGCAAUGUGAAAUCAAAGUCUAAUUUUUAUGUAAGAAAAGGAAGAAUCCUUUGAACAGAGAAUUCAUGACGUGAAG